AUGUCAGUCAUCCAAUAUAUCCAUGAUCUUGUAAAUAAUUUGGAGCAGGGCAACAUCGAUCACUGUUUAUCCAAUGCCAUAGACUUGUCGAAUUUCGAUGAAUUAUCCAAGACAGAUUCUGAUUUACUAAAUGCACUCGAAUUGAAUCUAAAGAAAAUAGCUCAACGUCAGCUGCAAUUAGAAACUGAAAAUUUAAGAAGCCGCAUAAUGAUCCAGCAACAACAUCAACUACUUACAGCACAUGGUCACGAGGAAAAGGUCAUGAGCCGAAACCAUCAGCAGACGGAAAAAAACAACAAUAAACACGAAGAAGAUGGCGAUGAUGGAGGAGGAGGUGGAGGAGAUGGAGGGUCGAGUCGCAAUGAGAGCGAAGAGAAUGGCGGAGAAUGUCGCAUAAGCACUACCACGCCUGAGGAUAAUCUAACAUCCAUCCAUGGUUCAUCAUUGCUCGACAAAUUGGAAAACUCGUACCGUCAACAUCAACAGAAGAGCUACUUUGCAAUCGAUGCCUUGAAUAACAAUGCUACAUCUACUACAUCUACUAACACUAAUGCUGCUGCUGGUCUUGCUGCUACUUCUUCAUCGUCUACCACUUCUGCUAUGCCCCCCUUUAAUAUCUCUGCUACUGCUACUGCUUAUCCUGUCUAUUUUGGCGCCACAAUGUCGCCAUCUAUCAUUUCCUUCCCUGCUGCUACUGUUCAAACUAGUUCUGAUAAUAUUGUAUGUCCUGAUUGUGUUAUUCAAGCCGUCAAAGUCGCUUCUGGUGUAUUCAAUGGAGAUCUCGGCCGUCGUAUCACUUGUAAACAUGAAAGAUGUGUUGUCCCUGGCGCUGAUGUCGAGCCGAAUGCUCCUAUCAAUACCCUGAAAAAUGCUGUCAAUGCCAUGGCUGAUAGACUCCAGAUUGUUGCUGAUGAAGUUAGUUUUGUUGCCCAUGAAACUGCUGUGAAUGGUAAACUCGGUGUACAAGCUCGUUGUGGCAAUGACAUGAAAGGAUUCUGGCAUGAUUUUGUUGUGAAUUUGAAUAGCAUGACUCAAAGCCAUCUUGAACAAGUGAGGGACAUUGCUGAUGUAUCAACUGCCAUUGCUCGAGGUGAUCUUAGCAAGGCAAUGACUGUACCUGUGAAGGGUGAAACUCUUUUGCUCAAAAAUACAUUCAACACUAUGGUUAAUCAAUUGAAUUUGUUUGCCUCUGAAGUCUCGAGAGUGGCCCAUGAAGUUGGUACUGAAGGAAAGUUGGGCGCUCAAGCUAAAGUACAAGGUGCUGAUGGCAUCUGGAAGGAACUUACUGAUAAUGUAAAUACAAUGGCUGCAAAUUUGACAAAUCAAGUGCGGGAUAUCGCUCAAGUGUCGAAAUCGGUUGCUCGUGGUGAUUUGACUAAAAAGGUCACUGUAGAAGUGAGAGGUGAAAUGCUGGACCUCAAAAAUACAAUUAAUACCAUGGUGGAUCAGCUGUCUAUAUUUGCCACAGAAGUAACCAGAGUGUCGCUGGAAGUUGGAACAGAAGGCAUUUUGGGUGGUCAAGCCAUAGUCAAGGAUGUAGGCGGCACAUGGAAAGAUUUAACAGAUAAUGUCAACAUGAUGGCGACAAAAAUUACAAACCAAGUUCGAGAUAUUGCAGUAGUUGCGAAGGCAGUUGCUAGAGGCGAUUUAUCAAAGAAAGUGAAAGCAAAUGCCCAGGGCGAAGUGCUAGAAUUGAAAAAUACAAUGAACAAAAUGGUGGAUCAACUCAUUCUAUUUUCUGCUGAAGUGCGGCGAGUGUCUCUAGAGGUAGGAGUCGAAGGCAAGCUAGGUGGUCAGGCUGUAGUCAAAGAUGUCGGUGGUGCCUGGAAGGAUCUAACGGACAAUGUCAAUACUAUGGCGGCCAAUCUGACCACACAAGUACGGUCUAUUGCUGAAGUAACCAAAGCAGUGGCCAUGGGAGACCUGUCUAAAAAGAUUGAAGUUGAAACACGUGGCGAGAUCUUGGACCUGAAAAACACUGUGAAUGACAUGGUAGAUCAGCUCCGUGUAUUUGCAUCCGAGGUCACGAGAGUGGCGCGUGAAGUAGGCACAGAAGGAAAGCUAGGCGGCCAAGCGAGGGUGCCGAAUGUGGACGGUACCUGGAAAGAUCUCACCGAUAAUGUGAACACCAUGGCUACCAACUUAACAACUCAGGUGCGUUCCAUUGCCGUGGUCACCAAAGCAGUUGCGAAUGGUGAUUUGUCGAAAAAGAUUCAAGUGGAUGUCAGUGGUGAAAUCUCUGAUCUCAAGGACACAGUGAAUAACAUGGUGGAUCAGUUGAGAGUGUUUGCUUCUGAGGUCACUCGUGUAGCUCGGGAGGUGGGAACCGAGGGCAAACUAGGCGGUGAAGCUAUUGUACCUAGUGUCAGUGGUACCUGGAAAGAUCUCACUGAUAAUGUGAAUACGAUGGCUAGUAAUCUAACGACCCAAGUGCGUUCGAUUGCGGUGGUGACCAAAGCUGUAGCGAAAGGCGAUCUCUCUAAGAAAAUUGAUGUCGAAACACAAGGCGAAAUCUUGGAUCUCAAGAACACAGUUAACAGUAUGGUGGAUCAGCUGAAUGUGUUUGCUGCUGAGGUUACUCGAGUUGCCAAGGAAGUUGGCACUGAUGGCAAAUUAGGCGGUCAGGCUUUAGUUCCUAAUGUGGAUGGUACCUGGAUGGAUCUUACAGAUAACGUGAAUCAUAUGGCCACAAACCUUACGAAUCAGGUUAGAUCUAUUGCAGAGGUCACCAAAGCUGUUGCAUUAGGCGACCUUUCAAAGAAGAUCGAGGUGGAAUCUGGUGGCGAAAUUCUUGAUCUCAAGAACAUCGUCAACAACAUGGUGGAUCAAUUGCGUGUAUUUGCCUCUGAAGUUACGCGUGUAUCCAAGGAAGUUGGUACGGAAGGAAAAUUAGGCGGUCAAGCUGUCGUUCAAGGCGUUGCGGGUACCUGGAACGAGCUCACGGACAAUGUGAACAUCAUGGCAGCCAAUUUGACAAACCAAGUCAGAUCCAUUGCUGAAGUGACUAAGGCUGUGGCUAAUGGCGACCUUUCCAAAAAGAUUGAAGUAGAAUCUGGUGGCGAAAUACUGGAGCUCAAGAACAUUGUCAAUAACAUGGUGGAUCAACUUCGAAUCUUUGCAUCUGAGGUAACGCGUGUCUCUAAGGAAGUCGGCACUGAAGGCAAAUUGGGAGGCCAAGCGAUGGUUCCUAAUGUAGCAGGCACCUGGUAUGAACUCACAGACAAUGUUAACAUUAUGGCUGCCAAUCUUACCACGCAGGUGAGAUCCAUUGCUGAGGUUACCAAAGCUGUCGCUCUAGGUGAUCUAUCCAAGAAAAUCGAGGUUGAGACCAGAGGUGAAAUCCUAGAAUUGAAGGACAUUGUCAAUGGAAUGGUGGAUCAGUUGCGUAUCUUUGCCUCCGAAGUAACUCGUGUCUCUAAAGAAGUAGGCACAGAUGGUAAACUAGGUGGCCAAGCAAGCGUGCCCAAUGUGGCAGGCACCUGGUACGAGCUCACAGAUAACGUCAACAUCAUGGCUGCAAACCUAACUACGCAAGUAAGAUCUAUUGCUGAGGUAACAAAAGCGGUUGCUAGUGGUGAUCUCUCUAAGAAGAUCGAAGUAGAAACCAGAGGCGAGAUUCUCGACUUAAAGAAUACUGUGAAUGAAAUGGUCGAUCAACUGCGUGUAUUUGCCUCUGAGGUUACUCGUGUUGCUCGUGAAGUAGGAACAGAAGGAAAGCUGGGCGGUCAAGCUCGUGUGCCUAACGUGGAUGGCACUUGGAAAGAUCUAACUGAUAAUGUCAAUACGAUGGCCACCAAUCUUACAAAUCAAGUCAGAUCUAUUGCUGAGGUCACUAAAGCUGUUGCUCUUGGUGAUCUAUCCAAGAAGAUUGAGGUGGAAUCAGGUGGUGAAAUCCUAGACCUCAAGAAUAUCGUCAAUUCCAUGGUCGAUCAGCUCCGUAUCUUUGCUUCUGAGGUUACCAGAGUCGCAAAGGAAGUCGGUACAGAAGGAAAGCUCGGCGGUCAAGCUACUGUGGAAGGUGUAGCAGGGACUUGGAUGGACCUCACUGACAACGUCAAUACGAUGGCAGCCAACCUAACCACCCAAGUCCGUUCAAUCGCUCAAGUGACUAAAGCUGUGGCAAAGGGUGAUCUCUCAAAGAAGAUUGAAGUAGAGACCCGUGGUGAAAUGUUGGAUUUGAAGGACACUAUCAAUGAUAUGGUUGGCCAGCUUCGUGUGUUUGCGUCUGAAGUUACGCGUGUGUCCAAAGAAGUCGGUACGGAAGGCAAACUUGGUGGCCAGGCAGUCGUUCAAGGCGUAGCUGGUACCUGGUACGAAUUGACUGAUAAUGUGAACAUCAUGGCAGCCAAUUUGACAAACCAAGUGAGAUCCAUUGCGGAAGUGACCAAGGCCGUAGCAUUAGGUGAUCUAUCAAAGAAGAUUGAAGUGGAAUCUGGUGGUGAAAUCCUAGAUCUAAAGAACAUUGUGAACAACAUGGUGGAUCAACUGCGUAUCUUUGCCUCUGAAGUAACUCGUGUCUCUAAAGAAGUGGGAACCGAGGGUAAGCUAGGUGGCCAAGCAGUAGUUCAAGGCGUUGCGGGUACCUGGAAUGAGUUGACUGAUAAUGUCAAUAUCAUGGCUGCUAACCUGACAAACCAAGUCCGGUCCAUUGCAGAGGUAACCAAGGCUGUUGCCAGUGGUGAUUUGUCCAAGAAGAUUGAAGUCGAAACCCGUGGUGAAAUCCUUGAUCUCAAGAUCACUGUCAAUUCCAUGGUUGAUCAGCUUCGUAUUUUUGCAUCAGAAGUAACCAGAGUCGCAAAGGAAGUCGGUACAGAAGGAAAGCUCGGCGGUCAAGCUACUGUGGAAGGUGUAGCAGGGACUUGGAUGGACCUCACUGACAACGUCAAUACGAUGGCAGCCAACCUAACCACCCAAGUGCGUUCUAUUGCUCAAGUGACUAAAGCUGUAGCCAAUGGCGACUUAUCCAAAAAGAUCGAAGUAGAAACUCGAGGUGAAAUUCUGGAUCUCAAGGAUACAGUAAAUGACAUGGUAGACCAGUUGAGAGUGUUCGCUGCAGAGGUAACGCGUGUUUCCAAGGAAGUAGGCACUGAAGGAAAGCUUGGCGGACAAGCAAUGGUAGAAGGUGUUGCUGGUACAUGGCUGGACCUAACUGACAAUGUUAAUACUAUGGCUGCAAACCUAACGACGCAAGUGCGUUCCAUUGCUCAAGUCACUAAGGCCGUUGCGUUGGGAGAUUUGUCAAAGAAGAUUGAAGUUGAAACUCGAGGUGAAAUCUUGGAGCUCAAGGAUAUCGUCAAUGGCAUGGUGGAUCAGCUACGUAUCUUUGCGUCUGAAGUUACGCGUGUGUCCAAAGAAGUCGGUACGGAAGGCAAACUUGGUGGCCAGGCAGUCGUUCAAGGCGUAGCUGGUACCUGGUACGAAUUGACUGAUAAUGUGAACAUCAUGGCAGCCAAUUUGACAAACCAAGUGAGAUCCAUUGCGGAAGUGACCAAGGCCGUAGCAUUAGGUGAUCUAUCAAAGAAGAUUGAAGUGGAAUCUGGCGGCGAAAUCUUGGAGCUGAAGAAUAUAGUGAAUAAUAUGGUCGAUCAGCUUAGAAUCUUUGCCUCUGAGGUCACUCGUGUAUCGAAGGAAGUCGGUACGGAGGGCAAGCUUGGUGGCCAGGCUGUCGUUCAAGGUGUAGCAGGUACCUGGAACGAGCUCACGGACAAUGUCAACAUCAUGGCUGCUAAUUUGACAACACAAGUAAGAUCCAUUGCUGAGGUGACCAAGGCAGUUGCAAGUGGCGAUUUGUCAAAGAAAAUCGAAGUAGAGACUCGUGGUGAGAUUUUGGAUUUGAAGAAUAUUGUCAACUCUAUGGUCGAUCAACUGCGUGUAUUUGCCUCUGAGGUUACUCGUGUUGCUCGUGAAGUAGGAACAGAAGGAAAGCUGGGCGGCCAAGCUCGUGUGCCUAACGUGGAUGGCACUUGGAAAGAUCUAACUGAUAAUGUCAAUACGAUGGCCACCAAUCUUACAAAUCAAGUCAGAUCUAUUGCUGAGGUCACUAAAGCUGUUGCUCUUGGUGAUCUAUCCAAGAAGAUCGAGGUGGAAUCAGGUGGUGAAAUCCUAGACCUCAAGAAUAUCGUCAAUUCCAUGGUCGAUCAGCUCCGUAUCUUUGCUUCUGAGGUUACCAGAGUUGCAAAGGAAGUCGGUACAGAAGGAAAGCUCGGCGGUCAAGCUACUGUGGAAGGCGUCGCUGGCACUUGGAUGGAUUUAACCGACAAUGUAAACACGAUGGCAGCUAAUCUUACCACGCAAGUGCGUUCUAUUGCUCAAGUGACUAAAGCUGUGGCAAAUGGUGAUUUGUCAAAAAAGAUUGAAGUAGAAACUCGAGGCGAAAUUCUUGAUCUUAAAGACACAGUGAAUGACAUGGUGGACCAAUUGAAUGUGUUUGCAGCAGAAGUUACACGUGUUGCCAAAGAAGUAGGUACAGAGGGCAAACUAGGUGGUCAAGCCAAGGUGGAAGGUGUCGCUGGUACCUGGAUGGAUUUGACAGAUAACGUCAACACCAUGGCCGCUAAUUUGACGACGCAGGUACGCUCUAUCGCUCAAGUCACUAAGGCCGUUGCGUUGGGAGAUUUGUCAAAGAAGAUUGAAGUUGAAACUCGAGGUGAAAUCUUGGAGCUCAAGGAUAUCGUCAAUGGCAUGGUGGAUCAGCUACGUAUCUUUGCGUCUGAAGUUACGCGUGUGUCCAAAGAAGUCGGUACGGAAGGCAAACUUGGUGGCCAGGCAGUCGUUCAAGGCGUAGCUGGUACCUGGUACGAAUUGACUGAUAAUGUGAACAUCAUGGCAGCCAAUUUGACAAACCAAGUGAGAUCCAUUGCGGAAGUGACCAAGGCCGUAGCAUUAGGUGAUCUAUCAAAGAAGAUUGAAGUGGAAUCUGGUGGUGAAAUCCUAGAUCUAAAGAACAUUGUGAACAACAUGGUGGAUCAACUGCGUAUCUUUGCCUCUGAAGUAACUCGUGUCUCUAAAGAAGUGGGAACCGAGGGUAAGCUAGGUGGCCAAGCAGUAGUUCAAGGCGUUGCGGGUACCUGGAAUGAGUUGACUGAUAAUGUCAAUAUCAUGGCUGCUAACCUGACAAACCAAGUCCGGUCCAUUGCAGAGGUAACCAAGGCUGUUGCGAAUGGCGAUCUCUCCAAGAAGAUCCAUGUUGAGACUCGCGGCGAAAUUCUCGAACUUAAGAUUACUGUGAACUCCAUGGUGGAUCAAUUAAGAGAGUUCUCAUCUGAAGUUACUCGUGUGGCCAGAGAAGUUGGCACGGAAGGUGAGCUUGGUGGACAAGCCAAUGUUCAAGGUGUUGCUGGUACCUGGAAAGACUUGACCGACAAUGUCAAUACCAUGGCCAGUAAUUUAACAACCCAAGUGCGUUCCAUUGCGGUAGUGACCAAGGCAGUCGCUAGUGGGGAUUUGUCCAAGAAAAUUGAUGUUGAAACGCGCGGUGAAAUUCGAGAGCUCAAAGAGACGGUGAAUGACAUGGUAGACCAACUUCGUGUGUUUGCUGCAGAGGUAACGCGGGUCGCUCGUCAAGUGGGUACUGAGGGUAUGUUGGGUGGUCAAGCUACCAUCGUUGGUGUCGAUGGUACUUGGAAGGAUUUGACCGACAAUGUGAACCUGAUGGCCAGCAACUUGACUGAUCAAUUGAGAGCCAUUGCUGCUGUCUGUAAAGCAGUGGCGCAGGGUGAUUUAAGCAAGAAGAUUGAGGUUGAAGUGCACGGUGAAAUUGCUGAAUUGAAGAAUACGAUCAAUACCAUGGUGGAUCAAUUAAGCUCGUUCGCAUCUGAAGUGACGCGAGUUGCUAAGGAGGUCGGUACAGAGGGCAAACUGGGUGUUCAAGCGCAAGUGGAGGAUAUUGAGGGUCUGUGGAGAGACAUCACGAGCAAUGUCAAUACCAUGGCUUCCAACUUGACAACACAGGUGCGUGCCUUUGCCCAAAUCUCUGCUGCUGCUACUGAGAAUGACUUUUCUCGCUUGAUUACCGUUGAAGCGUCUGGUGAAAUGGACUCGCUCAAGACCAAGAUCAAUCAAAUGGUGGGCUCUCUCCGCGAUGCCAUACAGAAGAACAGAUUAGCGAGAGAAGCUGCUGAACUGGCCAAUCGAUCCAAGAGCGAGUUCUUGGCCAACAUGAGUCACGAAAUCAGAACACCUAUGAACGGCAUUAUUGGCAUGACAUCCUUGACAUUGGAGACAGAGUUGAACAGGCAGCAAAGAGAAAACUUGAUGAUUGUGUCUAGCUUGGCCAACAGUCUACUCACCAUUAUUGACGACAUUUUGGACAUCUCAAAGAUUGAAGCGGGCCGCAUGACAAUUGAAUCCAUUCCCUUCUCGUUGAGAUCUGCUGUAUUCAGUGUGCUCAAGACGCUGGCAGUCAAGGCAAAUCAAAAGAAACUCGACCUCAUUUAUCACGUCGAUCAAUCUAUUCCUGAUCAGCUCAUUGGUGACCCUCUUCGUCUGCGACAAGUCAUUACCAACUUGAUUGGCAAUGCUGUCAAGUUUACCACGCAAGGUGAAGUUGUGCUUCGCACCAGAGCUGUGCGUAUGCAAGAUAGCACUGUCAGACUCGAGUUCUGUGUAAGUGAUACUGGUAUUGGUAUUCAGGAGGACAAGCUGAAUGUGAUUUUUGAUACUUUCUGCCAAGCCGAUGGUUCAACAACUCGUGAAUACGGUGGCACUGGUCUUGGUCUGUCCAUUUCAAGACAUUUAGUGCAGCUAAUGGGCGGUGAUUUGUGGGUGGAAUCAAAGUAUGGCCGUGGAUCCGAGUUCUACUUUACUGUCAACUUUUUCCAAUUCAGUCUGGAUCAAAAGGAAGUGAUUGAAAAGAUUCGUCGCUACAGAAACAGAAGAGUCCUGUUUGUGGACACAAUGAAAGACCAGACAGGCGCUAUAGACAAUGUCACCAUGCUUGGACUGAAGCCUUACCGCGUAGAUAGCAUUGAGGAAGCCGCUGCCAUCUCCAAUGCUAAUUCCAGCAAGAGCAAGCACGCUCCCUUCUUCGACACUGUCAUCAUUGACAAGAUGGCAUCUGCUGAAAAGAUUCGAGAGAUUGUGCCAUUGCGAUACACACCCAUUGUCCUGAUCGCUCCUGAAGUUCAUUUGCUCAACAUGAAGCUCUGCAUUGAUUUGGGUAUCACUGGCUACAUCAACUCACCUACCACGCUGGCUGACAUGGCUGCUGUCAUGUUGCCUGCUUUGGAAAGUCAUGCUGCUCUCCCAAGCGAUGCGUCCAAGACGGUACCUUUAGAAGUACUCCUUGCAGAGGACAACGAUGUCAAUCAAAAACUUGCUGUGCGAAUCCUGGAGAAGUUUGGUCACCAUGUCAAGGUAGUUGCCAAUGGUAAACUCGCUGUAGAAGCCUACGAAUCGCAAACAUUUGACCUGAUUCUCAUGGAUGUCCAAAUGCCUGUGAUGGGCGGUUUUGAAGCGACACAAAAGAUUCGAGAAAUCGAGCACAAAAUGAACAACAACUCCCAUAUACCUAUUAUUGCAUUGACAGCACAUGCUAUGAUUGGUGAUCGUGAAAAGUGUCUGCAAGCUGGCAUGGAUGAAUAUGUCACGAAACCGUUGCGAUUCCCUGAAUUGAUUGCUGCUAUCAAAAAGUUUGCACCACAAUCAGCUCACAUGAUGGUGCAAGGCAAAUCUAAGGCCCCUAUUGCCAAGAAGUGA